AUGUCGUGCAAGCUCUUUGUCAUGGAAGACUUCAAGAAACUACCUCAAAACUUACAAACUCAGGUAACAUCAAAACAGAGUUACGAUGAGAUACAAGCUGAUAAGUCCGCCUUGAUCUAUGACGAUACUGUCCCAAAUCAAGAAGAUUCAACGACGGGCGCUGAGACGUUGCAGUAUGAUGGAGGAGCUUCACUAACUUCUCCAUUCGAAUCUAUAUUACAGGAAUUUCUUGAUAAACUUUUGUCUCUUUUUCUCGGAGCAAAAGAAUCAGAACUUGCCGCUUCGCUGUGGUCUGUUCCCAAAACUCUAGAACGAUUACGAAAGUUUGCAAAUGACACAUCCGUCCAUGUCAUUUUUUUGUCAAAAAUACUAGGUGCGCCAGCAGAUGACUACAUUAGUGGAUAUGAUCCGUUCAUCCCUACGUACGCAUAUACUUUGAGCCAGGAAAUUUCAUACGGACCAAAAUUUGUUACCUCCAUUGCCUUAAUAAAACAAGUACCUUCGCUCGAUCUUACCCGUUCGCUUGGCACUCAAAUACAAAUAACCAAUCUCCCUGGGCCUGCCGCUACAGAAUCCGGGUCAGCUGGAGUCAGUCCAUACGUGGCACUGCGUUCAUAUAUUCAUCACGCGCUUGUGCCGUAUUUUAACGCAUAUGUUAUUGUUAAGGGAGGUAGUGCCGAGACGUUAGGAAACAAAAUUAAACAAGAUGAUUUAAAGAAGAAGGUUGCCGAAUUGGAGUUGGCGUUGUAUAAUUUACAAUAUAAUAUAGAGAUACCAGAAAUCGUUUUGAAUAUUAAUCCAGUCAUACAGGCGGCUAUUAACAAGUGCAAAGCCGAGGCUACCCCCAUCACAGUCGACGCAAUAGAUCCCACAUAUUUCGAAUCCACAUUCCUCAACAAACUUCAAUCCGAGGUCAACGGCUGGAUCAAGGAAAUUCAAAAGAUGACCAAGCUCACCGAGCUUGAUCGAGACCCCGCCAGUGGAACAGCAAGUCAAGAAAUAAACUUUUGGCAGGAUAUGGAGAAAGUAUUGGAAAUGAUCGAAAAACAAAUCAAGAGUGAUGAAAUCACGCUUACGAUAAAUUUCUUGAAAGCUGCCAAGCGUUUUCAUGUAACUACAUCGUUCUAUGUCGAUACUAGAUUGAAAGAAGCAACCGAAAAAGUUAUCCGAUACAAUCAGCUCAUGAGAGAUUUUCCUCUAAAUGAAUUGUUAUCUGCGACAGACGUUGGCAAAAUUAAAGAGUCGCUUCGUCAGAUUUUUGGACACUUGAACAAAAAAUUGAAACUAACGCCUUAUCCAAUCAAAAAAACACUUCUCCUUGUCGAAGCUAUUUCCCGUGACUUGAACGACCAACUUCUCAGGGUCUUGCGCAAUCGUCGACUGAUGUACGUUGAGUAUGAUGAGUUUGAGAGAGUAAUGUCCAGUGCUGAAGAGGCGUUCUACACAUGGGAUGAGUGUAUAGAAGAAUUCGCAAAUGUAGCUCGUGUUGUAAGGCGCAAGCGUGCCGAAAAGUUCACAGCUAUUCAGAUAAAUCCCGCUCAUGCCAAACUAUGUGAACGUGUUUCGUUGGUCAAGAAUUUACGUGAACGGCAUGAACAACUGCAUCAGUGUAUUGUUAAAGUCAUGGCGCAAGAGGAAAAAGGCGUUAUUGAGAAAGCAUAUGAGAAUUUAAAAGACAUCAAUGUACUAGAUGUAUCACCCGAGGGAACAGAAAUAUGGACGGCAGCUGAAAAUGCAUAUAACGAGCUAGCAUCAAAACAGAGUUACGAUGAGAUACAAGCUGAUAAGUCCGCUUCGGGCGCUGAGACGUUGCAGUAUGAUGGAACUUCACUAACUUCUCCGUUCGAAUUUAUAUUACAGGGAUUUCUUGAUGAACUUUUGUCUCUUUUGCUCGGAGCAAAAGAAUCAGAACUUGCCAUUUCGCUGUGGUCUUUUCCCAAAAACUCUAGAACAAUUGCAAAAGAAAUUUCAUACGGACCAAAAUUUGUUACCUCCAUUGCCUUAAUAAAAGAAGUACCUUCGCUCGAUCCUACCCGUUCGCUUGGCACUCAAAUACAAAUAACCAAUCUCCCUGGGCCUGCCGCUACAGAAUCCGGGUCAGCUGGCGUCAGUCCAUACGUGGUACAGCGUUCAUAUAUUCAUCACGCACUUGUGCCGUAUUUUAACGCAUAUGUUAGUGCUAAGGGAGAUAAUGCCGAGACGGGAAACAAAAUUAAACAAGAUGAUUUGAAGAAGAAGAUUGCCGAAUUGGAGUUGGCGUUGUUCCAUUUACAACAUAAUACAGAGAUACCAGAAAUCGGUUUGAAAAUUAAUCCAGUCAUACAGGCGGAUAUUAACAAGUGCAAAGCCGAGGCUACCCCCAUCACAGUCGACGCAAUAGAUCCCACAUAUUUCGAAUCCACAUAA